GAAAAAUCUGAAGAGGCUUGAACUGCCCCCUUUCUUCUUCUUCAGAUCCGAUCGAGAACCCUCCCUGCCUUUUGCUGCGGACUCGAUUGCGAUUCCGACGAGCGCGAGAACCCGAUUGGCCGUGGACAUGGCGCUCAAUCUUCGGCAGAAGCAAACUAAUUUCAUUGUCCGGAUGCUGAAUCUGAACCAGACGAUAACUCCUGGCGGCGCCGGUGGGAUGUCGUCCGCGUCCGCCCCCGCCGAGGAGGUCUACAAGAUCCUCAUCAUGGACGCCUUCUGCCGCGUCGUCUUGUCCCCGCUGAUACGUGUCAACGACCUCCGGAAGCACGGCGUCACUCUCUAUUUCAGCAUCGACAAGGAGCGCCAGAAAGUCCCCGACGUGCCCGCUGUCUACUUCGUCCGCCCUACUCCCGAAAACGUCGAGCGGAUCGCUGCUGAUGCGGCUCGUGGCCUCUACGACGCUUUCCAUCUCAAUUUCUCAUCCUCUCUUCCUCGCCCGCUGCUCGAGGAUCUCGCUCGGAGGACCCUCGAGAUGGAUUCUGUUCACCGGAUCUCGAAGGUAUACGAUCAGUAUCUUGAGUUCGUGUCUCUGGAGGAUGGUCUCUUCUCGCUCGCCCAGCCGAAGACCUACGUCCAGAUUAACGAUCCCUCAGCGGGAGAUCGUGAGAUUGAGGACCUCGUGGAGAAGAUAGUCAGCGGAUUAUUUUGCGUCCUUGCCACGCUGGGAGUUGUUCCGGUGAUCCGGUGUGCUCGUGGUGGUCCUGCUGAGAUGGUCGCGUCCGCUUUGGAUGCUCGUCUUCGUGAUCAUCUGGUCACAAGAAACAACCUUUUCACAGAGGGCGGAAAUCUUACUAGCUCCUUCCAGCGCCCAAUCCUCUGUUUGUUUGAUCGGAAUUUCGAGCUGUCUGUUGGGAUCCAACACGACUGGAGCUACCGUCCACUGGUUCAUGAUGUGCUUGGAUUGAAGCUGAAUAGGGUGACAAUGCCUGCAGAAAAGGGUGCAGCAAAGUCGUGUGAAUUGGAUGACUCCGAUCCGUUUUGGGUUGCCAACAGCUGGUCUCCAUUUGAGAAGGUGGCAGAGGAAAUAGAGACCCAAUUGAGCAAGUACAAGCAGGAUGUUGAUGAGGUGAAUAGGCGAACUGGGGGAAAGGAUGGUGUUGAGUUUGAUGGGACUGAUCUGAUUGGUAAUACCAAGCAUUUGAUGAAUGCAGUUAACUCACUUCCUGAGCUGACUGAAAGGAAGAAGGUGAUCGACAAACACACAAACAUCGCCACUGUUCUUUUGGGUGAAAUCAAAGCAAGGUCCUUGGAUGCUUACUGCACUCUUGAAACUGACAUGCUGAGCAAGGGAAGUGUGGAUAGAAGUUCUUUGCUCAGUCUUCUCAGAGGGAAAGGUACCAAGGUAGAUAAGCUUCGUGUUGCAAUAACCUAUCUUCUUUCUUUGGAAACAACACCACAAUCUGAAUUGGAGUCAAUAGAAGCAGCAUUGAGGGAGUCUGAGGUCGAUACACGUGCCUUUCACUAUGUGAAGAAGGUAAAGUCCUUGAAUACAUCCUUGACUGCCUCAGCGAGCUCUGCUAGCAGGAGUAACAUUGUGGAUUGGGCAGAAAAGCUCUAUGGGCAGUCCAUCAGUGCUGUAACCGCAGGUAUGAAGAAUCUAUUGUCAGGAGGGAGGCAGCUGGCUCUAACAAGGAUAGUGGAGGCUUUGAUGGAAGGGAAGCCAAAUCCAGAGGUUGAUUCUUACCUUAUAUUUGAUCCAAGAGCCCCCAAAACAGGUCCUGGAGCACAGUUGAAGGGACCCUUUAAGGAGGCAAUUGUUUUCAUGAUAGGUGGAGGGAAUUAUGUAGAAUACAGGAGUUUAAUGGAGCUGGCACAACGCUCGCAGCCAGUGAAACAUGUGAUAUAUGGAACUACAGAAAUUCUUAAUGGGAUUGAAUUUGUUGAACAACUUACAGAGUUAGGACAAAAAAUGGGUCUAGGAAACGCUGGAGGCCCAACUGCCCAAUGAGGGAGGGAUUGCUUCAAUCUUGGUGACAACUUCAAUUGGAUUAAUUGCACACAAUGCAGGAAUGGGCCUCGACCUUUGGAAUAGACAGCUGCAUGCUCUACCACCUAAGCAAGCAGACACUUCACCCAUAGAACUUGCAGUCCAAGAGUACCGACAAUCUCCCUGAUUGAUGAGUCUGUGUUUCUGUUUUUGCUGUAUUCUUGCAAGUCCUUGCUACGUUUCCAUGAGCCACCAUUCCAUAACACCAAUAUCGUAGAUUGGUAACCAUUUUAUAAGUUUACCUCUUUAUAGCAGCUCUAUGUAUUUCCUUCAGCAAGUAAUCUGAAUCUGCGUGUUGCGUAAUGUCUAUUGGCGAGAAUUCGUCAAUGGUAUUUUUCUAUUGUGGGUAGGGGAGACCGUAUUUACUGAAUUCAAGAAUUUUUUUUUA